CUCCACGAUUCACAAAAUUACAACUCAAAAGCAGGAUUCAUUGAUUCGUAAAGAUGCAUCUUGCAAAUGGUGAACAGACUGUGCGCUACGGUGGGGUAGCACAAGAGAAGACUGAGGUGAAGGUCAACAACAAUGGCACCAUGGACAUAAAUGAAAACCGCUCGCACACCAACGGGCGUACACAGACAAACGACAAUGACGUCGAAUCUAAUCAAAUUGAUCUCACAUCUCUCAAAGAUCAACCUUUGGAUGCAGCACUGGAUGCCAUCCUCACAGCAUGGACUGUCCUCGUGCAAAGAUACCAAAGAGAUGUAUUCCACCAGUUCUCUUGGGGAGUCAAAGGCGCCGGUUCCGACAAGCGCCAAUGUGUAGCGACUGCAGAUCUGGAUCUGCUUAAUCACACAAAUGCUGCAAGUCUGGCUGCAAAGAUCCGCGAUGUGCGGUUGAAAGAUCUCGCACUGGACGGAGUCUCAAUCUUCUUGAAUGACGGCACCAAAGACGAGUGGACCUUUGAAUUGUCAAUUGAUUUCGGGAAGAGCCCGUUUCAAGCGACAUCACAGUGGCUGCCACCAAAUAUGUCACGACACCAGGCUGUUGCUGAGCUACAGUUCUUCUCUUCUAUCAUUGAUACCCUUUCUCGCGCACCUGAUACCCCCAUUUCCAACUUCCUUGCUAUUUCAGAGUCAGAGCUCGACGAGAUCUGGAACUGGAACAGCCCGUUACCGGCAGACCUGCAAACAUGCAUGCACGAACUGGUCGCAGAGCAAGCCGAGAAGCAGCCUGACAAGAACGCAAUUGAAGCUUGGGACGGAAGCCUGACUUACAAGCAAAUCGACGACUACUCGACACAUCUUGCGCAAAUCUUGCGAUCGCUGGAUGACUCGCCAAACCAAAUCAUCCCAGUGCUCUUCGAGAAAUGCCGCUGGACAAUCGUUGCCGUACUUGCGAUUAUGAAGGCAGGCGCAUGCUUCUCACUACUGGAUCCUGCUCAGCCAGAAGGCCGCCUACGAACGGUCGUGCAACAAGUCAGUGCGACCACCUUCAUUGCCUCAAAGUCACAAGCCUCGCUCGCUGCGCGAAUUGCUCCUCAGGCCACUAUCAUUCCGGUUUCUGCAUCGAAGUUCGAAAAGGUCUACGGGCCGUAUGCUGAACAGCAGCCCAAGACGACUCUGCCAAAAGUCUCUCCAUCAGCAGCUCUCUACAUUCAGUUCACCAGUGGCAGCACCGGCCUUCCCAAGGGAUGCUUGAUUUCGCACAGUCAAUACACGUCUGGUGCGAUACCGCGAGCAUUCGCUGUUGGCUACCGCCCACACUCUCGAGUUCUCGACUUCGCCAGUUACGCAUUCGAUGUAUGCAUUGACUCUAUGCUCUGCACGACCGCGCACGGUGGCACUCUAUGCACACCAUCUGAUGAGCGUCGAAUGAAUGAUCUCAGUGGAGCCAUGCGCGAUAUGAGGGUGACCUUAGCCGGUAUGACACCUUCUGUGGCCCGCACACUUGAUGUGGACAUCCUGGAUCACCUCGACUCUAUUGCCCUUGGAGGUGAGGGUACUUCGGCAAGCGAUGCCGCCUCAUGGGGUAAGAGGACGAGAAUCGUGAACGCCUAUGGUCCUUCAGAGUGCACUGUCGGCGCCACGAUCAAUGGCGAUGUUGGAGCUAAGCCGUACAUCACCAUGGGCACGGGCACAGGCGCUGCGAUCUGGCUCGCUGAUCCAGAGGAUCACAACAAGCUUGUCCCAGUCGGUGCGGCUGGCGAGCUGCUCAUUGAAGGGCCCAUCGUUGGUAUGGGUUAUCUCAACAACCCAGCGAAGACCGCGGAAGUUUUCAUUGAGGACCCCGAUUUCCUUACUAAGGGCAGCAAGGGUUUCCCUGGCAGGAGAGGUAAACUCUACAAGACUGGCGAUCUCGUUCGAUACGACCCUGAUGGCUAUGGUGAAGUCAUUUUCGUCGGUCGCCAAGAUCAGCAGGUCAAGCUCCGCGGACAACGUAUUGAGCUUGCAGAGAUUGAGUACAACAUGCAAAAGCACCUUCCCGCUGAUACGCAACUUGCUGUCGAGGUCAUCAAGCCCGGUGGCACUGGCGAGCAAACUCUCGUCGCAUUCCUCGUUGAGCAGAGGAAGAGUGGCAUGCGCCAUCUCGACGGGCAAGUCUUCGGCAGUUUCUCCAACAAGUUCCAGACGGCCCUCCAGGAGAUGACCAAGCACCUCUUCAACGAUCUCCCCAGCUACAUGGUGCCGAGUGCGUACAUCCCUCUAUGGAAGAUGCCUCUGCUUGUCUCCUGCAAGACCGACAGGAAGAGGCUCCGCGAGAUCGGCAACGGAGUCACCCGACAGGAUCUCAGACGCUUCAAUGCUCUUCUGUCUGAGAAGAAGGAGCCCACCACCGAGAUGGAGCUCAAGCUAAUCCCCGUGUGGGCCAAGAUCCUGGGUGGUGAUGCAGACUUCAGCGCCAACGAUAAUUUCUUCAGCAUGGGCGGCGAUUCGCUGAGAGCGAUGAGACUGGUUCCUGCCGCGCGAGAGGCAGGUGUCGUCCUGACAGUUCCAGACAUCAUGUUGAACCCUACUCUGUCCGCCAUGGCUGCCAAAGCCAGGCCUGUGUCUGAAGAGGACACAAGCGAAGUCCUUCCGUUCUCAAUGGUUGGUGAGGACUGGGGUGCGGAGAAGUCCAAGACCGAGACUGCUGAGCUUUGCGCUGUUGAUGCCGCGAAUAUCGAAGACGUUUAUCCCUGCACCCCUCUGCAAGAAGGUCUGAUGGCGCUGUCGGCUAAGUUCCAAGAUGCUUAUGUCGCUCAGCGUGUCGCAGACCUUCCUGUCGACAUAGCCAACCGCCUGAAGAAGGCUUUCGACCAGGCUGUUACAGACUGCCCGAUCCUGCGUACUCGUGUUGUCAACGUCCCUGGACGCGGCCUGUUCCAGGCUGUUCUCAAAGACGGUCAGCUUGUGCGCGAGCACGGCUCGAACCUCGCAGAGUAUCUCAAGGUCGAUCAAGCCGAGACUAUGGACCUCGGCAAGGCGCUCUUCCGUUAUGGUGUUGUUCACGACGGGAGCAGCGACAAAGCUCACUUCAUCAUCACCAUGCAUCACGCCGUGUAUGACGGCUGGUCCAUGCCUUUGGUGUUUGAUCGCAUCAACCAAGCCUUCGUCGGCACUGAAAUAAAACGAUCUGCGACGUUCAAAAACUUCAUCAAGUACCUCACCAGUCAAGACCCUACCGUUUCCAACGACUACUGGAAGGAGCGCCUGAACGGUGCCAGUCCCCAUCAGUUCCCGCCCCUGCCACAGAAGGGGUACAUCACACGUGCCGACUCGUUGCUCGAACAUUAUGUCACGGUUCCAACAACGGCACACAGCAAGCUUACCCUCGCGACCAUCAUUCGUGGCGCGUGGGCACUGACGUCCUCGCUCUACAUGGGACACCCAGACAUCAUCUUCGGCGAGACCCUCACUGGACGCUCCGCACCCGUCAGUGGCAUCGAGGAGAUCGAAGGCCCCAUGAUCACCACCAUCCCGGUGCGCGUGCGCCUGAACUUGGAUCGCCCUAUUGCCGAGUUCCUGCAGCAGGUGCACGGCCAGACCGUCCAGCAAAUCCCUCACGAGCAUCUGGGUCUGCAGAACAUCCGCCGCGUGAGCAAGGACGCGCGCCAUGCUUGUGAGCUGCGCACUGGUCUUGUUCUUCACCCCAAGGAAGACGAGAACUGGAACGAAGGGAGGACUCUUGAAAACGCUCCAGGUGAUGCGUUCCUACCGGCUGAUGACGCUGAGGCAGCGAGGGAGGCGUUGAAGUUCAACACCUACGCGCUCAUGCUUGUCUGCACGCUCGACGAGAACGGUUUCUUGGUCAUGGCCAGCUUCGAUUCCAAGUGCAUUACCACCCCGGCCAUGGAGCGGGCACUUUGCGUCUUCAACCGUAUCGUUACUGCUUUCCUCGGCAACCCCGAGAGCAAGCUCGGCGACAUCGCCGUUCUGGAUCCUGAGGAAAUGCAGGAUGCGCUUCAACUCAGGCCGAAUGAUGUCAUGACCGACAGCGGUAUUGAUAUGCUAUCGCCACCAGUCACUGGCAAUGGUGAUGUUAAGGCGCGCUCUGCCAACGAAGAGAAGCUCUGUGGUCUCUUGGGCCGCAUUCUCGGUAUGCCAGAGACAGAUAUCAACCCCAGUGACAGCUUCUUCGAGCUGGGUGGCGACUCAAUCGGAGCGAUGAGGCUCGUGUCCGAGUCCAGACUGCAAGGUUUGAACAUCUCAGUGGCACAGAUCUUCCAGAGCAAGUCUUUGUCAGAGCUUGCUUCGAGCAUUGGCAACGAGAAGGAGGAUAAGCUCGUGGAUGUACUUGCUCGCAUUUUGGGUAUGCCCAAGAGCGACAUCAGCCCAAGUGACAGCUUUUUCGAGCUUGGUGGCGACUCAAUCGGCGCCAUGCGUCUUGUGUCGGAUGCACGAACCCAAGGGCUCACUAUCAGCGUGGCCCAAGUCUUCCAGAGCAAGUCUUUGUCUGAACUGGCUUCUCUGGCGCAGGAGACUUCGUCUGGCGAGCCUGAAGCAAAUGUGGACGCUCCUUAUGCCGCUCUCGGUGCUGAUGCCGGCCUCUUCAGCGCUGAUCGCAUGAUCUCCUACGUGGAGAACCCUGAGUGGGACAUCGUAGAUGUUUACCCUACUCGACCUUUGCAGCAGCUCGCCGUGGAGGGUACUGUGGCCCUGCCGCGCUACUCUCUUCGUUACGAGUUGAUCAAGUUCGCGAUGGACAUCGACAAGAAGAAGCUGGAACAAGCUUGCCAGGAGCUUGUCUCUCGCAACGAAGUUUUGCGUACUGUCUUUGUCGUUGACGAAGGCAAGACGCUGGGCCUGGUAAUCCGAGAACUCAGGGUGCCGUACAGCGAGGUUACAGUUCCCGAAGGCGAGGAUAUCGACACUUUUGUACACAGCCAUAUCCGAGAAGACAUCCAGGCACCCAAACCACACGGAUCCUCCUUCGUUGGCUUUACGCUCUAUACCUCUUCGUCAACGGGCGCUUCUACCCUGGCGUUCCGCAUUUCUCAUGCUCAGUACGACGAGAUCUGUCUCCCUCUCCUCUUUGACCAGCUCUCCGCUCUCUACGCUGGGACCGAAGUUGUUGAGACAUUGCCUUUCACCAAGCACGUAAACCACGUCGUCCUGAACAACAUUCCGAAGAGCACUCCCUACUGGCAAUCCCUCCUUGCUGGCUCACAGAUGUCCGUCCUGAAGCCCGACAUCCCUCUCGAGGCGAAGAAGAUGGCAGACAUCUACCUCGAGUUCGACAUCUCCUCGCGACCCAAGGACAUUACCAUCGGCUCGCUCCCCACUGCCGCGUGGUCCAUUGUGCUCGCCAACCGUCUCAACAAGCGCGAUGUCGUCUUCGGCGAGGUUGUCACGGGCCGCAACCUCGGCGCUCAAAGUGCUGACCGCAUCUUCGGACCCACGUGGCAGUACAUCCCCUUCCGUGUGCCGUUCAAGGCUACCUGGACGCAUCUUGAUCUCCUCAACUUCGUCCAGGCCCAGCACAUCGAGUCUGCCGCGUACGAAGGCAUGGGCCUAGCCGAGAUCGUCGAGAACUGCACAGACUGGGACGCUAAGGAGGUGACCUGGUUUGAUACUGUUGUGCACCAGGCGCCUGCUUGGGUUGAGGAACUGCCAUUCGGACACGGAGUCGAGGCGAAGUUCGAGACUGUGUACCCGCAUGCUGAGCCUUUGAGGGAGUGGAAGUGCCAGGCGUUUGUCAAGGAGGGUGGCAAGAAGCUGGGCAUUGAGAUUGUCACGUUCGAGGAGUGGAUCCCGGUUGCUCAUGAUGUUCUCAAGGAGGUCGGACAGGCGCUGGAGGAUCUGCAGAAGAAGGCUGGUGAGCCUAUCUUUGAAGGUGCUGGUGAGACGAAGCAGCAGUCACUCGAGGACUUCGAGGGCGUGAUGUAAUGCGUGUUUCGCUGUAGAUAUAGAUUUUCUUGGCAUCUAGAGUCCUUACUUGUAGAGUCUAAUACCACAUGUUUCAUAGUGCGUCGUACAGUCCUUGCUUCGUCAAUGUUGACACGCUCAGUCGCGUCGCCACGUGCUUGCAGCAAGGUAACAGGAGUUUGUCAACAAGGUCUGUCUCGAGGCUGAGGGCUUCCUGGAAUGCGUUAAGAUGCUGCUUUGAUGUG